AUGAAGUCCUUUACUCUUGCUCUGCCCGUCGCGGUUCUUGCCUCUGUGGCCAGCGCCAGUGUCGUCCCGACCAAGUCGAUCUCGAAGCGUGCCUCUGAAACUUGCGAACAGUAUGGCGAGAUCACCACCGGCAACUUCAUUGUCUACAACGACCUCUGGGGUGAGAGUUACGCCUCUUCCGGCUCCCAGUGCACCACGGUCGACGAUGUCAGCGACAACAGCAUCUCGUGGAGCACCAGCUGGACCUGGGCGGGCGGCUCCGACGACGUGAAGAGUUAUGCGAACGCCGAGUGGCAGUUUGAUGCCACGGAGCUGAGCAGCAUCACCAGCAUCCCCACCACGUGGGAGUGGAGCUACACCGGCACGGACAUCGACGCCGAUGUCUCAUACGAUAUGUUCCUUGCCCCCAGCGCCGACGGCACGGACGAGUACGAGAUUAUGAUCUGGCUGGCCGCGUACGGCGGUGCUGGCCCUAUCUCGGACGGCUCGGCGACCUCGGUCACCAUUGGCGACUACUCGUGGGACCUGUACUCUGGCCCCAACGGCGACACGACCGUGUACAGCUUCGUUGCCUCGUCCACCAUCACCAGCUUCUGCGGCGACAUCCUCGAUUUCUACACCUACCUCAUUGACAACGAGGGCGUCAGCGACAGCAUGUAUCUGAUGAGCAUCCAGGCCGGCACGGAGCCCUUCACCGGUACCGACGCGGUGCUGACCACGACUGCCUAUACUGUUAGCGUGGAGUAA